AUGCCAACGGUACGUAUUCUUCUUGUCUUAGCCCUACACCAUAAUUGGCCAUUACAUCAACUGGAUGUCUCCAACGCAUUUCUUCACGGAUCUUUAACGGAAUCGGUGCACAUGAAGCAACCUCCCGGCUUUCUUGACGACAACUUUCCAACACACGUAUGCAAGCUCAAAAAGGCCAUUUACGGUCUCAAACAAGCACCACGAAAAUGGUUUGAAACUCUAACUGGUUUUCUUCAUGAGCUAGAUUUUACUACCAGUCAGUCGGAUACUUCUCUUCUUAUCUAUCGCAAGAAUGGUAUAUUCAUGUACUUUCUAAUUUAUGUAGAUGACAUAAUACUGACUGGUAACAACUCUCACUCACUAAAUUCUUUACUCACUCGUUUACAUCAACGCUUUAGAAUGAAAAAUCUCGGUACUGUCACCCAAUUUCUUGGCAUUGCAGCAAAACAGACGAAAACUGGACUCAUUCUGCACCAAUCUACAUAUGCAGAACAAAUACUACAACGGGCGGGAAUGCUUAACUGCAAACCAGUGUCAACUCCCACAACAACAAAAUCAACCACGGCUGAGUCCUCAAAGGAUUUCGAUAAUCCCAAACUUUAUCGACAGAUCGUUGGAGCUCUCCAAUAUCUUACUCUCACCAGACCUGACCUCACCUAUGCAGUAAAUCGAGCCUAUCAAUACAUGCACCAACCGUCGGUCGACAACUUUGAAAAACUGAAGAGAAUUCUGCGAUACCUGCGAGGCUCAAUACACUAUGGCAUACCCAUCUCUCCCGGCAAUCUUCAACUCAGCACCUAUACUGACUCGGACUGGGCCGGAGAUGUACAGGAUCGGAAGUCGACUACAGGGUACUGUAACUUUCUGGGAUCCACAUUGAUCUCAUGGUGUGCGAAGAAAUAG